CAGCAGCUGCUUCUGCGGUUCUACAAAUCGAGGUCUACUUAAAAGGUCCACCGCGUGUCACAAACUUGCCGCGAAAAUGAGUGCUAAAGAGCCGCCUAGAAAAGGCCACGGACAGAGUAUAAUUCGCUCACUGCAGCCUUUUCCUGCUGCUUUUCCUCCAUCGUCCACGGGCUCUGACGACGUGUCACCGAUUUGGCGCUCGGCCUUUCGGCAGCGAGCGCGUCAUGAUAAGCUCGACCCCGUUUCUUAACAUCCGCUCAUUGAGCGCUUUUAGACUUUGUGCCUUGCGCCCUCGGUUAGUUUGCUUACAGUGCGCGAGAACCAGCGACGACGGGUACAGCGUGCAUGUCGCCGGCCAGCAGGGGAGCUGUAUUACAGGAGGUGUUGGAGCAUUGGAGCGUCGACCGCCGAACUGCUCUCCUCUCCCAGUAUCCGCCGCCGCUGCCGCCACUUGUUGAGCGGCCGGCUAACGCGACGCAUUGUUGGUCCGCUUCGUGCGCCGUACGGAUUGUGGGCACGGACACGCAGCUUUCGCCGGCGAAGCCUAUACAAUCGGUCACGCAAUGUUCAAGCUCAUCGCCAGCCGAUUUCCUGGCGCGCGCAUGAAAUGUGCUAACCGAAGCAUUUUCCCACGUCUCCAUCGCGCGGAGUCCCGCCGAUCAUGGAUGAGUGCUGCAACCAAGGAGGAUCUCGACCUUAUCCUCUGUCAAUCAACGGUGUUGCCGGUAAGUGGUCCUCAAAGGAUAAGAGUCGGAAAUGCUGGUACUGUGCCGGAAACAGGGGUGACAACUGUGUAUGAAGCCCUUCUUCAAGGACAGCGCAUGAACAGAAACAAGAAGGUCUGUGGCUACUGGAGUAAAGAUUUGAAAGAACUUCACUGGAUAAGCUAUGAGGAGCUCCUGGAGAAAUGCCAAAUGUUUGGGUCCGGAUUGCUGUCCCUGGGGCAAGUUCCUCGUGAGAGCAUUGUCAUGAUCAACUGCAAGACGGGCCUUGAGUACGUCAUCUCAAACUACUCCCUGUCACACUACUCCAUGGUUUCCUGCCCAGUCACAGCCAAUGCUGAUCUCGAGGCCACAACAUUUGUUCUCCAGCAAGUGGAAAGCUCUGUGUUGGUAUGCGAUUCUGCGGACAAAGUGCAAUACUUCCUCAGCAAAAAGGACUCGCUACCAGCUCUCAAAACUAUUGUAUGUGCCGACGACAUUUCACGGGACGUUAUCGCCGCAUGUCGCAGCAAAGGAAUGGAGUUGGUGCUAUGGAGUGAUUGCCUGAAACUUGGUUCGAAGUCUGUUCAAGAGCCUAUUCCACCAACACCUGACAUGCUCUAUGGACUUCUCUAUACAAGUGGUACAACAGGGAUGCCCAAGGGGGUGCCUGUCACGCACAGGAGACUCGUGAAGACGGCCAUUGCUAUCAACCAUCUGGCAGGGCCAAUGAGGGCUGAGCCAGGGCACAUCUGUUUCUGCUACUUGCCAACAGGCCAUAUUUAUGAACACAUCUAUGAGGUGACCACACUGAUGCGUGGUGCAACCCUGGGCUUCUACAGAGGAAAUGUGCAGCUUCUCUUGGAUGAUAUGAAAGCACUGAAGCCUCACAACCUGCCCAUGGUGCCCCGUCUUCUCAAUCGCAUCUAUUACAAGGUUCACUCUGAAGUUCACAAGAGUGCCAUCAAGACAGCAGUGUUCAACUUCGCUGUGAACCAGAAACGCAAGCUUCUUAAAAAGGGCAUUGUGACAACUGACACAAUAUGGGACAAGUAUGUCUUCAAGAAGAUUCGCGAUGAGCUUGGCGGCAACUUCAAGUACGGCUUGACGACCUCUGCACCUGCCAAGAAAGAAGUUUUAGAAUUCUUCAGAUGUGUCUUUGGAUGUCAUCUUGUGGAGGUUUAUGGCAGCACUGAAGCCAGUGUGGUUUCGAGCACCCUGCCUUAUGACUUUGUAGGAGGAGACAAUGUUGGCUGCCUUUUUCCUGAAGUUCAAAUGAAGCUGGUUGACGUUCCAGACAUGAACUACUUUGCAAAAGAUGACAAGGGGGAGAUCUGUGUUCGCAGCCCUUUGACCUUCCAGGGUUACUACAAAAAUCCCAAAGAGACUGCAAAUACAGUGCUUGAAGGUGGCUGGGUGCUCACAGGGGACAUUGGGAUGUGCACAUCGACAGGAGCACUCAAAGUUAUUGACAGAAAAAAAGACUUCUUCAAGCUCUCACAGGGAGAAUUCAUUUCACCUGAUCGGAUUGAAAGUGUUUACAGUAUGAUGGACUACAUUGCAACAAUAUUUGUUACAGGGUGUCCAACCCAGUCCUUUUGUGUUGCCAUUGUUAUUCCUCAUGAGGAGCCUCUCAGGGACCUUGCUGCUUCGUGUGGUCUCAACAAGAAAGCACCUCUAUCUGAAAUCUGUAAAAAUCUGACUGUGCGCAAAACCUUGCUGAAGGAGAUGCAAAAACAUGGGAAAGAAAGUGGCUUGAGCUCUCUGCAUCAGGCUCACAAUGUGCACCUGCACAUAGAGAACGACCUUCUUGCCUCUGGACUUGUGACAAACACGCUGAAGCUCAAGCGAAAUGUUGCACGACAGCAAUUUGCAAACGCCAUCCAAGACCUGUACAGUGAAGGCCAGCUUCUCAGCACAUGACACCACAGUGGCGUCAACCCCCAAAAGUGGUCGGUGCAUUGAAGAUGGUCAAAACAUUCAGAUUGGACUGUUGCAAACAGCAUAUUUGCUGACCUUUAUUAGGUACUGCUGUGGUCCACCACAGUCAGUCAUUGUUUUUGCUUGUAACUGCUCCAAACUGGCACUUAAAUGGACACUAUGUGCAAAUGUUAAAAGCAAGCUAAAAUGACACAUUAGUGUUCCAAAAUGCACAAGGCAUUGCUUUCACAAAGUGCCUCUUGCAAGUGAGAAAAUGAAGUAAAUGUAAUAAUGUCCCAUACAUGGUUGACAAACAGUGUCUAAACACUGACAGCAAAAAGGUAAUUACGUUGGAUGUCAACAUGACAGUAAAACAAAGCGCACUUUUGUCAACCUAAUCAGAUUUUUCUACAGAGGGACUGAACACACGUUUUGAUGUUUCUAGAAGUGCAAUAUAACAGUCUAGACUGAUUGAUCAUUUGCCAAUAGUGUUCCUUUAAUUUUGUAGCAGCAGUUAUGCACGUGCAAGUUUGCUUUCACGGUAUCAUACUCAGCUGGCGAGAUUUACACCUUAAGAUGGUUACAUCUUGUUGCCCUUGUGACUGUGAACAGAAACGCUACGGCAUUAACAAGGAACAAAGAUCUCUGCAGUUCACUGUGUAGACUGCUGAUACUAUAAGGAUUACAUCAUGUCGACAGGCAUUAGAGUAGUAUUGCUUGAAAUGCUCCAGUGGCAGCUAUUAUCGCCACUCCGUUUUGCACACUUGAGUGCACAUUCUUUUGCCCUGCCAUUACCUGCCAUGCUUGCUAGGAUGUUUUGUACCAGGGCCAUAAAAAUCAAAAGCUUUUUCCACAUAUGUGGGGCACAGUUUUUUAAAUGUUUGGAAGGUGCUGGUGGAGCAGAUAUAUGUUUUGAGCGGCUUUAUAAAACUUAUAUUUACUCAAUUGCCUGUUAUUUUACAAACAGACAAAGAGCAGACUAUUUGUUGUUUUAAAUAUAUACAUUUGCACUGUGCAAUGUGAAUACAAUGGCCCCAAAUUCCUUGUGACAGCCUGUUUAUUUAAGUGCUACACAGUAUUUUAAUUCUUGUUGUACAUGUGUGCCUAAAAACUAUAAUGUGGUGUAUUUUUUUAACGCUUUUUCUGCUGGUGCAUAAAUAACCAACUCCGACACAUUUAGUCUUUUCACAAAAUGAAACUGUUUGAGGCGUGGUUUAGGCAUUUGAGAAUAUGUUAUCCGGGCAUCCUGACAUUGUUGAGCACCAUGGUUCGUACAAGUAUGAGUAUAUGGAAAUGGGAUUGCCAAGAAAAUCUGGAAAUUUUCUUGCAGGCAAGGCACACAGCCCAAAAAAACUGAGGCAUGCUGUACAUAAUCUGUACAGCAUGCCUGCAGUUUGCAAGCUCCAUGCUUACGGGAAAUCCAAUUUUCCUGGCUCCCUUGUUCCCCGAGCUUUUAAGGAUAGUUAUACAUAAUGCAUGCACAUAUACCGUAUAGACUCGUGUAAGGACCACAGUUAUUUUUCACAAUUAUGAUGUGCAGUCUAUGGACGGGCCUGAACCUUUUGGUCAAACUGGUGCUGGCGCAGCCAGCAACUUGUGCACACCCUGUAUCCCCAGAUGUAGCAUUGCACCAGAGGUCAACGUGCAGCUCUUGCCAUCUAGUAACGGCACGUGGAAGUAGACAGCAUGCGAAAAUUUGCUGACCUGCGCACUCGACAUCAGGGCACCGAAUGCGCCUGCUUCUCCUAUAUAAUUUUUUUCUCCCCCCCCCCCAAACUUUGGACUGCCAAGUUGGGGGUGAAGCCCUUACACGAGUCUAUACAGUACAUUCUUUUCAUGCUAUGCAGUUCUAAACUGACAUCAAGUGCAAAUCAUUUAGUGCAAUAGUAUUCUUUCUAUACAAGUGCAUUGCAUUUUUUUUCCCACAAGCUCCGAACUUAAAAUAAUAAAAAAAGAUUGUGAUACAGAAACUGUCUGCUUGAAUGAGAUCCUUGCAUUUUCCUGGUUGUUCUUCAAUGUGGAGCCAGUAUAAUGUGCCGCAAGAAAAAUACAAUUAUGGAUUACUGGUUAAAAAGAAAAUGUGCAUACAACUUGUUGGCUAUUCGAAUGGUAUUAUAUGCAAGGUAGCUUUUAUUUUAUAUAUUGUAAAUUAUUAUGUUUCAAACCUAAUUCGAGGCUCUGACAGACGUUGCGUUGCAUUUACAUUUGAUAUCGACCACACUGUUAUCACUCUCCAUUGGAGAUCCAGUAAUAAAUAGUCCACGUCAGUUUGUUGUGGUGAGCCCUGGUCAAGAGGAUGGGCAGUUUAGCGCCACCCUGAUGUUAUACAAUAUAAUUGACACGAGUGCAUUUCUUUCAUCUCCUGCACUGUAGACAGUCAUUAAUUACUAUUAGCCAGUCAGUCCUUACAUUUUAGUACUGACAUUGUUGAACACUCACAUAUGUAGGACCUUUUAGAGCAUUUUAAUUUUCCUGCUUAUGCAGAUUUACUGAACUGCGCACAAAUACCAUCCGCUGUGCUAGGCUAGUACCUAGAAAAAAUGCAAUGUGAUGAAAAGUGUGAACUCAUACUUCCCGGUGACAUAGAUGUGUAGCCUCAUGUUGCUUCAUUAUGCACUUCUAGCUGUUUUUACUGAUGUCCUGUGAUCUGUACAUAACACUCCUUCGACACUGUUUGUAAUAAAAAGUGCUUCCUGAAUCGCUGACACUGGGGAGUUUUACCGUGUUCUUGGAGGAUGUCAGACUGAGACUGAAAUUAUGUUCAUUGUUCUAGGUGCAGCAAAUGUAAAUUUCCACCAAGCUUAAUUCCUCCAUGCUUUCUUCAGUUUAACUGUUGACUUAGGGAAAAGCUAAAGCUCCAUACGGCCUGACAAACCUCAUCACGCUACCAGUUAUAUUCAGGCACUGAAAUGUCUGAGAUUUGAUAGCUUUGCACAAGCAUAUAGAUAUAGAGGCUGCCAGAUUGGACGUCAACAGCAACAUAACACUGAAUGCAGUCGCUCCUGUUUUGCAGCAGCACCAGCCAGCACACUCUAGGCUUGGUUACAUAGACAACAUGUAAAAGGACACAAAAGAGAGCUAAAUAGUUUAGACUGAUAAAGUAUUUUUUUUUUUUUAGAAGUGCAUCUCUGUUUUGCAGUAACGGGUUGAUUAUGAGGAGAAAAUGAAAAACAAGGUUUAAUUUUUGUAAUCUUGUGCUCAAACUUCAGCACCAGUAUAUUAGUGUGAUGUCAUGGAUUUCAAAAGUAUUUUUUAGCCUUUGGACUUUGCAAGUUUCAAUAACUUUUACUCAGUCACAGUCUGUGGCUCUUCAGCAAUACAAUGUGGUCCACAUUUACCUAUAUAACGUUAACAGGGCCCGCACAGAUGCCAUCAAAAUUAAUGGCAUCAUGGCAACCUGGGAGCAUCAUGGGAGCUUUGCAAGGCGGUAGUGCAACCAGUAUUUAGCUUUUGUGUCUUUUCGGGUUAGUGCAGGUUAGUGCAUAGCAGUUAGUGUCAGAGCUGGCGCUCUAUCUGGCUCGCCCAUUGGCUCAGAGCUGGCGCUCUAUCUAGAUCGCCCACUGACUCCUGUGGAGCGUGUUUGAGGGCGCUACUUUUUGAUGCGAAUGGACAGUUAGUCACGUGGCAUUUUUCAUUUUUCACAGGCUAUCUUUACCAGCCAAGAAAAAUUAACAGGCAAGAAGUACCUGGCUGAAAAACUGCCAGCUUUAAGUUUCUUUUUCGAUUUCCUACAAAUUCAACGGCAGGACGGCAUUCAGAGCACUAAUUAAAAAACUGGCUAAUUGCAACUAAUUAUUAAAUUGAAAGGUUUCGACAACAAAAUUAUUGGCAGCUGCUCUAUUCGACUGUGAACAUUAUGCACUUGGUUAUCUUCGCGUAGAAUGGCCAGCCUUUCUUAAAAACACGGAUGCAUGAUAGCUGGGACACCCGGUAUACAACUCAAAUUUUUCCUUGGUGUCCCUUCGAAAGACAACAGUAUAUUGUAUUCGAGACUUGUUUGCACUGACAUUAUGACACCAGGUCUUGAAAAGACAGCAGCUUUAAUGUACUUAAAGAGGAGGCCCAAGUCCAUUUUAGGUCCAAAUUCUAUUACAGGUCCAAGGUUUAUUUUCCUAUUCAAAUAGACGUAACAUGCAUAAAUGCUAUAGGAGCCAGCGGUGGCCAGGAGGCACUAUGGCAGUUUGAGUGUUCCAACUAAAAUAUGCCGAUACGUCUUGUAGGGAAAGCCUGGUGCUCCAACUGCUCCAUUGAGCAGUUGGAGCACCAGCUGAGCAACACCCACCUGGAUGACCCCAGCACAAGCUGGUGGACAGGGCAAAGAGGUCUGCUCGGCGUCAAGGCUUCUUGGACUAAGGGAGGCCUCCCAUCAUAGGGCGAAAACAACAUUCUGCUCAAUAAAAGUUUAUUAAUCAUCGUCAACCUCUGCUGUAUUACAGUGCUGCUAUCUGUGCAUGAAGUUUGAGCGCUAAUGGCUUAUUAGGACUACUGCAGAACCAAUAUGAAUCAAAUUUGCCACACUUCAAAGAGAAAGCAAGAGUUCUAUCAACUGUGGAAAGCUCAAUUGUGAUUUAGGAUUCAUAGCUUUCCCCCAAAAAAUGGUGUUUAAAAAAAAUAAAUGGAAGCACAGGUUUAUAAAUCCAUAAUGCUGCACCAUAAACAAAUGUUGCUGUUCUGUAAAGUGCAUCUCUUAUUGCAUCUGAAGCAUACAAAUGUGACGGUUUGCAGCCUACAUUAAAUUGUUUACAAGGAUUUUGCACAUCUUACAAGCAAAAUAGUGAUACAUUUCACAGAGAUGUAUAAUAAAUCAAUGUUGUUCACUUCA